CACAUAACAGAUAAACACUAGUCUUGAUAGCUAGUAAAUUUUACAAUCCUUUCCUAGCACCAACUUUUGUACCGUGACACUGCAAAUAGAGCAACAACCCUAUACAAAAUGUCUACCCCUGAUGCUGAGGAGGGUCCUACUACUGCAACAACACCCAUUGCUGACAUCAUUUCAAACAUGAAAGCAAGCAGCGAAUGGAGAAUCCUUGUGUAUGGUGUUAAUGAGCCAGAUCAACAAGAGGCAAACGAGCACCAUAUGCAUAUCCUGAGUGGUAUUCUUGGAAAAGAAAUAUCUCCUGACGAGCGAACAAUUCCAAAUUUUGACUUUUCAAGCAAUGGUGUUACGGUGACAGUCCAUAUAGGAUCUCACCCUGAAUGCAACGUAUCUCAUGACGAAGUUGAUUUGAUGGUGUACUUCAUCCCUGUGAAUGGAGAUAUCGUCGACCAUUCCCAUGUAGUUAAAAUAGGAAAGAUCACGACUGCACACGGAGCUAUGGUUUGGAAGCACUCUGUUAUUGUGUUUACUGGUGUUGAUGCCACUGCAGACGCGUAUGCACUGAAGACUGGAGAUGUAGCUACACGAUUGGAGGGAGUACUUGACUCUUGGAACACUACAGUUCAACAAGCUCUCGACUCAGCAAUCGCCAACGAAGUAGGUAUCAACUCAAAAGAAGUGUUGAUACGACCAGCAGGAAGACGAAAUCAACUCAAUCUACCAAAACCACAUACACGAUGGUUUUCACUUCUUUGGUUAGGAUGCUUUCUGUCAUCUAAAGUCAACUCGAUACCUGCCAUUCUAAAGGUGGCUCAAGGCAGGAUAGCAAACAUCGUGAAGGAUAGUGACAUCGACCAGUUACAGCUGUUCGAGCAACAUAUUCAAGUCAAAGAGAAUAGUAUACAGCUCCCCCAGAAUAUGAGAAUCGGUCUCGGUUUAGGUGGAAGUUCAGCUAUUGCCGGUGCUGCUGCUGUUGGAGCCACAAUCGGUGCUGUUAUUGGUGCAUUGGCAAUUGGUGUUCCUUCGUUUGGAGUAGCUGCUGGUACUGGGCUUGCACUGGGAGCAGUUAUUGGAGGAGGAUUAGGAGCUAGCAUUGCAGGAGCUGCUGUGGGUGGGAGAUACAAGGCGGCAAAGGAUAAGCAGAUGGAAGAAAUCGAUGCUUCUGAGCUGAAGCUCUAUUACGCUGAGCUUUUAUCUCGAAUUCCAAAAAUGAGUGCUUAUCUGACAACAUGGGCUGAAAAGCAAAUCAAUUGCAAGAUCGUUGUUACUGGUGGGAAAGGUGAAGGUAUUUCCACAGUAACAGCUGCACUGAUAGGUAAACCACCCCGAGAAAGUGGCUCAGGUCUUUAUCUGCAGCAAGUUAUCCGUAUGAAAGCAAAUCUGCUCGCUUAUGAUUUCCAGGGUUUUCCAAAAGUGGGAGACAAGCAACUUAAGGCAAAAGAGCUAGUUGAGUUUCAAAAGAGCAAAAAUACUCACCUGCUAGUAUUUUGUAUACCGAUAACAUCGCCAAAGGAGGAUUUUGUGUAUUCUCCACACGUCAAGUACUUGGAGCGGCUGUGUGAAGUCAAUGACAAGAUUCCAUGCAACACAGUUAUUGCUCUCACUCAUGCGAAUGAGAUGAGGGCUGAAAUGAACAAGCGAAACGAUCUGUCACAAACAAGCCUCCACCAGUUUUUCCAUGAUGAGCUCGAAAGCUGGAAGCUGCAAAUAUCCACGGUAUUUGAAAAAUACAUUCAUAUCGACAGUGAAAUCACAGAGAAAAUCCCAGUAAUUCCAGUUGGAAAUUUGGAGCCAGUAAUCGAUCUUUCCGAUGACGAAAAUCCCACCCCAGCUACCCAGUACCAUUGGCUUUCUGAGAUGCUUCUCCACGCAAUGCCGGCAACAAAAGCAGAAGGAUUGUCUGCUCUUAUCGAAGCUAAUCAACAACGAAUUAGUAGCAGACUAUGUCCUUAUCCAGACAAUGCUCCCGAACUAAUCGUCGAAGCCAAGUGCUCAAUGUUUUCAAAGGCUGGACUACAAGAUAAGAAACAGCCAGGAGAGGCGAUUGGUAUGAUCCUAGGAGUUAAAGAACCGGAUCAAAACGAGUAAACUGACUGCAGUUUUAGCACAGUUUUAAAUAGCACACUAUAGUAACUAUAACACUAUUCCAUGCAUGCAUGAAAACAAACAAACGUAUGUAUAUAUGCGAGUGUAGCUUUAAGUUUAUUUGUGCCAACAAUCUAUAAUACAAAUCACUAUCACAGUUAUGUGUGGUUGCUCCUUGACAA